GAGGAAAAACGGAACGCGAGCAGAACCGGAAGAGGCUUUGGCACAACUUCCGGAUUACGGGUCUCCGCCCCUUCGUUCCCGGAAGUGGAGAGGAGCGGCGUUGCCAUGGCGGCGACCCUGGGGCAGGUGCUGGCUCUGGUGCUGGUGGCCGCUCUGUGGGGUGGCACACAGCCGCUGCUGAAGCGGGCCUCCUCGCACCUGCAGCAGGUUCAUGAGCGGACGUGGGCCCGGCAGUUGCUGCAGGAGACGAAGACCCUCUUCUUGAAUACUGAGUACCUGCUGCCCUUUUCCCUCAACCAGUGUGGCUCCCUUCUCUACUACCUCACCUUGGCAUCAGCAGAUCUGACCCUAGCUGUGCCCAUCAGUAACUCUCUGGCCAUCAUCUUUACACUGAUUGUUGGGAAGGUCCUUGGAGAAGAUAUCGGUGGAAAACGAGCAUUCGCAGGCAUGGUGCUCACCGUGGCAGGAAUUACACUCUGCAUCACAAGCUCAACUAUCCCAGCAGCUGGUUGGUGGACCGCAGAACUCCAGCCGCAAGAAGAGAGCCAGCUACAGUCUUUGAGCCAGAAAUGCAGACAGGAGGGCUCCAGGGCUCAGCCUUGGCUGGCUGAGGAGGGAACUGAGGGGAAGGUGCAUAAGAACAGCAGACGUUGGGGAGAGGAGUUUGCUGUUAGCCUUGCCUGUCCCUCCUGUGAGGUGGGUGCCGGCCCCUCUCAAACCGAUCGACAUCUAUGGGCCCCCGCACUGCCAGACCCCAGCGUUUGGAGCAAUGCCAGGUCCCUGUGAAGAGGCAAGGGACUGGCCGUGCACACGGGGGAGUAGGAGACAGUCGUCCUGAAGUCCGGACCAGCUCUGAACCUGGGCAUUCUGCCCCCAUGGAACUCCCUCAGCAUAGCAGGGACAAUCCUACGUCACUGUUAGAGGCUGGCAGAGAAGGCCUUGGAUUCUUGGGUCCCCUCAAGAGAGUGGAGAGCAUGCUGAAAAGCUUGCUGGGGGCUGGCAUAAAAAGCAGAUGGCUCAAUUUGCCUGGCUUCCUUUGGAGAGGACUGGGUUGCCUGUGCUCUGUGGCCAUCGGCCUGCGGAGGGAACACUGGGCUUGAGCCGUGGGUGCAGGCUGGCCUUACCUUCUCCACUCCCAGUCAAGGUUUGAAUGCUCCUGGUGGGAGCUUGGAAGAGGAGAUGCCAUCCAUCUUCAUAGCCUGCCUCCUCCCUCCCUGCUCCCUCUUCCAUCAGGCUGCCUUAUCCAGGGACACGGCAGAUGGUGCCUGGUAUUCUAGAUGCCCAGUGAAACCAGGCCGCAUCCCCCUACCCCCCACUCAAUGCUCACUGGCUCAUCUCUUGGGAGGGCUCAGGCUUGGGAUAAGAUGGGGAGUUGAUAAGCAUCUUUGGACCCUGUUGUGCCAGAUAUGCUGAUUCCAUCUCCAAGCAUCCAACCUGGCAUUAGGUCCAGCAACUCAGAGUCCUGAAGGUCUUCACAGAGCCCAGAUAAGCUGGCUUCAGACCAGUUUCUGGUCUGGCCCCUGUCAAUAACUGUGUUAACCUGAACGAAUCACUUCACUCCUCUGAACUUCAGCUUCUCCUCUGGAAAACGGGAAUAAUAAUCUCUGUUUCACAAGAUUAUUGAGAGGAUGCAGUGAGAUAAGGUCAGAGGCUGAGCUGGAAGAGGAUUCGGCUAGUCACUCCUUUUCCUUCCCACCGCCCAUGACCCCCUGCCUCACCUGCCCCCUGCUGUGGAGCCUGGACUUUGGGUCUGGGGGUUGCCUGCAGUGAAAAAAGAGAAGGCUUGUAGGAGGCAGAGCAGGACAUGGAGUCAGGGUGGCUUCCUCUGCUCUAACCUGCUACCCUUCCACCUCACACAUACAUACCAGCAGCCCCUGGGCAGUGAGGGACGAGGCACCAGAUAGGGGAGGGCCUUGAACCAUCCUCUCCGACAGCCACAUAGUAAUGGCCACUCACCAGAGCCUCCCUUGCUGACAGUGGGAGCCCAUCCAGGGUGCAGAGUCUGGGAGAGAGAGGUGAGUACAUAAGGGCCGGUGAACAAGAUGUAUCUUCAUAUGCAGCAGACUACAAGGGGGUGGGUACAGCUAUUUCAAGGUGCCCUUUGGCUGCUGGCCCUCUGGGCACCAGGGCCAGUCACCCAGGCUCUGCCCUGGCUCCGAGGGCUGGGCUGGAGGGGCCUCUCCCUGAGGCACAGAAAGAAGUCUCAUUUGGGGAAACAUGCUUUCCUUUUGCCUUUUCAUCCUCAAGGGCAGCGAAAAGCAGUAGGGAGGCUCCCUUUGGGGACAUUCAGGUCUCCACAGUCCCCAAACUCACUUGCGCACAGCCCCGCUCUGUAAUUUCACCUUCUCAGUCAGGAGUUUCAACACUGCUUCCCAGUCCGUGCUGGCAGCCUGGGACAGCUUCAGGCUAAAUGGGGGGCUUAACAGGUCCCCAUUCCUGAACACACUGGGACAAAGAGCAGCCUGGUAAGGGGAAGGGUCCCCAGAACUACCUACGUGUGAGAGGAGGAAGGAUGGCACAGCGGCCAGAAGAUGGUCCAAGAACCAGUGCGUUGUUUGUCACCCAUUAAGCAUGUUGGACUUUUUAUAUCCCAGUCGCCAGGGGCUCCUGGAACAAAUCCACCCACUUUCCCUUGGUCUCCCUGAAACAAAAAUCUCUGCCCCUGUUCCCCAACACGAGCACUCACUGGAUACAGCAGGGGGAACCUGCAGGUAGCCGCUGUCCAAGGGCCCCAUCACAUGGCUGCUGAAUCACAGGAGGGCCCUGAAACCCGUCAGGCCCCCAGAUCAGGAGCGAGUUGAGGCCUUUUGUCAGGGAUAGGUCAGUCCAAGGUGGGUAGGGUGAGGGAAAGAAACCAGACUGGGGCAGAAGAGGGGGCAAGGAGGGAUGGGACUGGUCACGCCUUUCACCAAAGGGUACUUCUACCUCCCCUAGGUCACAUUCUUAACCCCCUCCCAUCCCUCUGUUUUAUGGCUUCCUCUUUCCUCUGAGGACCAUAGCCUGGAGCUAAAGUAAAGUAAAAGUUCGGGAACGGCACAAGGAACAGUGUCUUGAAAUCCUGCACCCGAGAAGGCUCCAGAGCUCCAGGGCUCCUGACUUCCCAGACCAAAGUGGGGGCAGCCCCCAGGGGGAUGGGAGAACAGAGGGCUGGGGGCUGGUCGGCCCCAGGACUUACAGGUAGUCUGCUGCUCUUCCCACCUGGAUCCUCCCCUCUAGGGUAUAAAGAGCUGAAAGGACAGAUAGGUCACUGGUCAUCUUGGGGAGCCUGGGUCCUCAACAGCCCGGCAGCUGCCAGAGCGUGGGGCUGGGGCCCAGUUCACCAAGUCUGCCUUCCCACUGGAAUAGUCUCAGUUAUCUCGGUCUGGAAACGGAUGCUGAUACUUGAACCUGCCUCAGGUUAUGUAUCAGGCUGGACAUCCAGUCUGGGGUCUCAGACCCAAACCACAAGAUUAAAGGUCGACAUCCUCCUGUAUCUCAGAAAUUUUCUCAUUCAUGAUGUGUGCGGUUUCAUCUCAUUUUGUAUGAGAACGAGGGCAAGUUAAGUGACUCACCUCAGCAACAUGGAAGUGACAGAGCCCAGACUCUAAGUCUGUCUGGCUCCCAACUCCUGGCUCCUUAACUCUCAGCAACCUCAGCUGAGAGCAGAGGAGGACCUGGAAGCCAGAUCUGAGCUGGAAGCUCAGACACUCAAAUUAUUUAUUCUCCCAUCUUGGAAAGCAUAGCCCCACCCUGUAAAGGACAAUCCCAGCCUAAUGGAGAGCACAGGAUGCCUAAGCACAGCAGGGAGGAAGUGAUGGAUGGAUAUAGAGUAUUUAGUGGUGGUGGUGAUGGGCAUGGUGGUGGUAAGGACCCAAUCAGGAACAGCCUUUGGAAAAAGGGGCUCAACCAGCAGAAUGUUCUUCUUCCCACUGGUUGGUCCUGGCUGGAUGGGCAUGAACAUCAGUGUAAGACUUUGACUGGAACUGUGGCUCCACGUGUUAUUUAUGUACUCUUAGGUAGGUUAUUUCACUAUCUUGAUUUCCCCUUCCAAAGAAUGGGGAUAAGACCACCCCCUUCAUAGGAUUGCUGUAUUCCGUGAGAUACACAGGAAGUACUGAACACAUGCUGUUGCUAUCGCUAUUACCUCUCU